ACUAAAACCAACAGGAUGAAGGUGAAAUGGACCCAGCUGGGUUUGGUGUUUUUCCUCGUUUUAUCACUGGUGAUGACAGGAUGCUUCUUCUGGCAAUAUCAGCUGCCAAAACUUCUGCCAGAUGAAGGGAUGGGUCGCAAUGCCAAUUCAGAGAUGAUGUGUCCCCGUUUCCCUGAGCCUCUCCCGCUGGAGCAUCCUAUCCCCAGCCUGAAAGAGGCCCUGGAAAAGGUGGACGUUAUGCUUCGGCAGAACAUCAACCCUAUCAGCCUCCCCUCUCUGUCGGCCAUUGUGAUCUUAAAUGACACCGUUUUGUGGACCGGCAAUUUUGGAAAAAGGAAUAGCAGUGACCCUCUCUCCGGACCCCCCAACGAGUACACAAUUUACAGAAUUGCCAGCCUAUCCAAAAUCUUCCCGACGCUGAUGCUGUACAGACUGUGGGAGGACGGGAAGAUUGGCUCCCUAGAUGACCCUCUGGAGAAAUAUGUGGAUAACUUCACCAUCAAAAACCCUCUGGGGAAGACGCGAGACUCUGAGCUAAAAUAUGUGACAGAUGGCCUGAUAUUUCUGGACAGUGGGGAGGUUCAGAUCCGCUCCUCCUCGGUCACCUUGCGCAGGAUGGCCAGCCAGCUCUCAGGCCUACCCAGGAGACUGCGGGCCACAAAUCUGCUUUGGAAAGGAAAAACACAAUCUGCGAUCAAUCUUCUACAAGAUGAUGUCCUUGUCGCAGACCCAGGCACCAAAUGUCACUACAGCAACCUCGCCUUUUCUCUGCUGGCUCAUGUGAUGGCCGAGCGCGUGGCCUCCGUUGACUACCAGCGGUGGAUCACAGACAACAUCCUGGACCGGCUGGGGAUGGAGGACACCGGCUUCGACAUCACCCCGGGGCUUCAGGGCCAGAUGGCCGUGGGAGUGUACUCUAGUGGAAAACCAGCCCCACUCUAUGACCUGGGCUGGUACCGGCCUUCCGGUCAGAUGUUCUCCACUGCCGCAGACUUGGCCAAGCUUGCCAUGAUGCUGCUGGGUGCUUACCACCGCAAGCUGCUGGAGCCAGACUCAUUGAAGAUCAUGCUGACCCCGCUCUUCAGGUGCGAUAAGGACUACUUUGCCAACCGCACUGGGACGCCGUGGGAGGUGAACGAGCAGAUGGGAUACGAGGUGGUGCGUAAAGAUGGCGAUCUGGACGGCUACUCUGCCACCUUCUCCCUGGUGCCCAGAUUGAAGCUUGGUCUGGUGGUGCUAAUGGCUGGCAGCCGGUCUCAGAACCAGGAUCUGGUCACAAAAGCCUACAACCUCAUCAUCCCAGCUAUAGAAAAAGCCUUUAGGGAGGCCAAGAAGAUCCUCUUUGCCCCCCCAAACCCAGAACGUUACAUCGGCUUUUUCACCUACAGCAACAUCACCUUCUACGAGAUUAAAGUUGGGACGGACGGAGUUCUGGUGAUGCAACAGUUUGGGCCUCAGAUAGAAGAGCUGAUCCCAGAGAAGUACAGGACAAUAAAGCUCAACUACCUGGUUGACCGGGUGUUCAGAGUGGUUUUUGAAAAAGAGUACCCCUGUGUUUUGCGAGUUGGCACGGCCUCGGUGUCCCUGGAAGCCCAAGAUGGCCAAUUAUUUAACUUCUACACGUUCGACAAGCGGGGUUUGUCCCCUGGUUUUGAUGCACCAGGACUGAACACGUAUAAUGUGGUCAGAAUAGCCCGCAGGCCAACCUUCUCAAGCUGAACUGCAGCAAGGCUGCGUCCUACAGACAAGUCGUGUGUCCUUGGGAUAUGUGAGGGACUGUAAACAAAAAAAAGGAUGUGAAUAUUGAAAGACCAAAUGGAAAAGUUGGGGUCACAGUAUUUGUCAAAGUUAGGAUUGUGUGCUUGAUUUACAGCAAGUGCAAAGAGUGACGUAUAAUGUCUUGCACAGAAAAUUAA